ACCAAAAAAAAAGAAAAAAAAAGGAAAAUCUGCAAGAAAUCGCCAACCACCACCCGCUCGUGUUCCCGCGCCGGCGCGCCGCCGUCGCCAUGGCCGCCGCUGCCCCCUCCACCUCCGCCUCCUUCUUGCCUGUUCGGGCUGCGCAACCUCUUGCCGGAAUCACAGUUUCUUUCGGUGCUUCGUACCAGAAGAGGAGAAAGAUUCCGGCGCGGAGAGUCCGAUGUGCUGCUGACGACGAAGCAGAGGAAGUCAAGGAUUUGGGAGUCAAUGUGGCACUAUCCAUGCUAAAGUUUUAUAAACGGGAAAUAUCACCUUUACUGCCUUCAAGCUGCCGCUAUGUGCCAACUUGCAGUGAGUACUCUAUGCAGGCAUACAAAAGAUAUGGUGUUGUAAAGGGUACAAUCUUGACUGCUUGGCGUCUGUGCCGCUGUAAUCCUCUUGGCGGUUAUGGGUAUGAUCCUCCAAGAUGGUUUGGUGAAGAAGAUCUACCUCUGGAAUAAUGCCUGGUCAUGGGCUCCUGGCCACUGUGUGCGGUAGUUUCAAGGGAAAGCCUAUCUAUCAACUAUAGUGUCAAGGAACAUGAUUGGAUUUCUGAGAUCUCAGACGCCCAAGAUGCUUAUGAUAAGCUACUUGUUGAACGGUCUAUCAGUAUAAUUGAUAUUCAUAUUCCAGGCUCGAUGGCUCCACCAUCAGGCCAUAAUCAAUCAGGGUUCACAUGCAUGGCAAAACAACCAUCACCACCACCAAGAGGAAAAGAAAUUACUGGUUAGUAGCUUAUCACAACAUAUAUUUUAUUUUAAUUGUAAAAUUGUUUGCAACCCCUUUCAAGCGAACAAUAUUGACUAUUUAGUGUCUAAUACAUUCUCUGAUACUUGUCAAUAUUCUGAACUCAUUGCCUAGUUGCACUAAAAUUGGACUCCAGGAGAAUGGACAUCCUCCAUGCUUCUCUUUGCUCUCUAGCCAAGUCAACAUUGCUUGUAAAAACA